AUGAAAGUGUUUACGUGUUAAGAUAUUGAGCAUGAAGGAGAACCUAUAUAAGGAUUUUGUUUAAAUUUGGGAUGUUAAGAUUCAAGACCUCAAUUCUGUCUAUAAUGUGGAUUUGAUUCUAAGAAACAUUCUAAUUGCAAGAAAGACCUAAAAGGAUUUGGUUAAAUCCAAAGUUAUAUCACAAAAUUCAAUUAGAAUAUACUCGAUUUAGCAACAUAAUUGAAUAAAUCAUUUGCAUAAGUCAAAAUAAAAUAUGAAGAAUUCUCAAAAUAUUUGGAGAAUAUGAAAACAUAAUUAAUUAAGAUAUCUGAAUGUUUAAGUCAAUAAGAUUAUUAAUAAAUGAAAGUCAAUGUAUCAGUGAUAAAAGAAUGGUAUCAAUAUUUAAACAAUUAAGAGGAGAUUAUGAAGUAGAAUUAAAUUGGUAAAUUUUAUAUAAGUAAUAUUUAUAGGAACUUAAUUAGUUAGAAUAAAAAAAAUGAUUAAGGCAUUGGAUUUAAUUUAAGGAUAAUAAUAAAUUUUAGAUAUUAAACAAGAUAAUGAAAAUGCACUUUCCUAAGGUAUUCUAAUGGUUUAUAAUAAAUUAGGAAUAUAAUUACUAAAUUAAUAGAAAUGGCAGGAGGCUAAUGAAAAAAUUACUUAAUCUAUAAAAAUAUCAGAAAAAUAAUAAUCGUUGGCAACAUUGUUUAAAAGUAAUUUGAUUCUAUUUUUUUAGGCAUUUGUUUAAUUGAAAUGAACUAACCAGGAUUAGGAAUAAUUAUGAGGGAUUAAGCGAAAAAGAUGAAUAAUAACUUGUAUAGAGAUCUAUUAGAUUAUUCAGAUCAAGAAUUAAGGAAAAAUAUUUAUAUACAUCAUUAAUAAAAUAUAAAAAUUUUAAUUUAAAAUAAUCUAAUUACUUUUCAUUUUUCAUAAUUUAGUUGUUGUUAUCACGUUUUUUCUUCAUCGAUUUUAUCAUCAAUACAAUCGUUAUUUCUAUAUCCUUAGACAGAAAGUUAUUCUUCAAUUACUUCAUACUUCCUAAAUUUUUUCUAUUCAAUUCCUUUUUUAGUUCAAUUUUCUUUAUUUUUACUAUUUUAGUUCAAAAAGGUUUUCUUUGAUGACAGUGAUAUUUUAUGA